AUGGCUCUGCAGCUCAUGAGCCCCUUGGAAAGCCAAGAAGAUACAGGGCAAAUUUCGAUACAGGAAGUGUCACUUGCCCAGAAUCUGUUUGGAGGCCGGGACACAGACCAAGUGCUGGCCGCGGUCGUUGGAUCGUGGAAGAUUGCAACUCAGGAGAAAUGGUUUGAAGGAUUUUUCCUGAGAGCAGAGAAAGAGGAACCAGCAGCAGCCGCAAAGAAGGAGGAAGAACCAGAGGCACCCGCAAAGAAGAAAAGAGAAGUGGAAGCUUUGAAGGAGAAGUCGGAGGCCGCAGAGAAACCCAAAAUGCAGCAGGCAAUUGAUUUGCCGGCGCAGACGGAAGAGAAACCCGUGGAGGCAGAGGAAGAGAGCAGGAGAGCAGAAACGCGUGCAAGUAAAGCAGAGGCGCCACAAGUCGAAACCGUGUUGGAUUUGGAUGAGAAGGAUGAAGACGCUUCAAUCCGCAUGGUGGAGGCUCCAUCAAGCACAUCCAGAGCCAAAGACGCUGCGGUGAGGCGAAAGCAAGAAGAACAGCAAAAAGAGGAAGCACAACUAACUGCGUCAAAGAGCGCGAGCAGCGAAAGAACGGCUACGCAGCGCAUUAGCCCCGCGGAAGGCCACGAGGCAGAGAAAGAGGAACCAGCGGCAGCCGCAAAGAAGGAGGAAGAACCAGAGGCAACCGCAAAGAAGAAAAGAGAAGCAGAAGCUCUGAAGCAGAAGCUAGAGGAAGAACAGCUGCUUCGGCAACAGGCCGCAGAGAAGCAGGCUGAAGAAAAGCGCAAAGUGGACAAGGAGCUCCACCAGCUCAAGUCCAGGGCAGACACAAACAUGGUAGCCACCAUGAACCGGGUGGUCACGCAGCUCAUUGGUCCUUUGGAGACCAAACACGGUGAUUUACUACUUGGCGAUCCGAGCUAACAAGCCCGUGAGCAUGCUGCUCAAGGACUCUGAAGAGGGCAAAGAGGUACCGACUAUGGAAAUACCGAAGGCAAAAGCAAAACCAAAGCAAAAGCGACAGAGUUGUUACUAGAAGCGAUGCCCUUGUUACUACUAGCUUCCUGUUACUACUAGCGUGGCACCUGUUACUACUAGAGUGCCUGAGGCUGAUCCGAAGUCCAGGAAGUGAAGUCAGACACUUCGAGCGCGCAGCAGACUGAUCCGAGGCAUUGUAUUUGAAGACUCGCAGGAGAGGCUAUUGAGGUAACCACGUGAUAUUCAGCCCUCGAGCACAAGAAGAAGCCAAGGAAAUAGGAGCCCCUAGUAGCGUCCUUGCUCCUAGUAGCGAUGCC